AUGGACUCGAAGGAAUCCUUAGGCUCCCCCAGUAAAGAAGAAAUCCCCAGCAGCGUGCUUAUUGGGGAGAGAGGAAAAGUGAUGGACUUCUAUAAAACCCUAAGGGGAGGAGCUACUGUGAAGGUUUCUGCAUCUUCCCCCUCACUGGCUGCUGCUUCUCUGACAGACUCCAAGCAGCAAAGACUUUUGGUUGAUUUUCCAAAAGGCUCAGGAAGCAAUGCGCAGCAGCCAGAUCUGUCCCAGGCAGUUUCCCUCUCCAUGGGACUGUAUAUGGGAGAGACAGAAACAAAAGUGAUGGGAAAUGACCUGGGGUUCCCACAACCGGGCCAAAUCAGCCUCUCCUCUGGGGAAACAGACUUUCGGCUUCUGGAAGAAAGCAUUGCAAACCUCAAUAAGUCGACCAUUGUUCCAGAGAAUCCCAAGAGUGCAGUGUCUGCUACUGUUUCUGUUAACCCCACAGAGAAGGAGUUUCCAAAAACACAAUCCGACAUGUCGUCUUCGGAACAGCAAGAUUUGAAGAGCCAGGCUGGCACCAACGGUGGCAAUGUGAAGUUGUAUUCCACAGACCAAAGAGCCUUCGACAUUUUGCAGGAUUUGGAGUUUCCUCCUGGGUCCCCAGGUAAAGAGAUGAACGAGAGCCCCUGGAGACCAGACCUCUUGAUAGAUGAAAACUGUUUGCUUUCUCCUUUGGGAGGAGAGGAUGAUCCAUUCCUUUUGGAAGGAAACUCAAAUGAGGACUGUAAGCCUCUCGUUUUGCCAGAUACUAAACCUAAAAUUAAGGAUAAUGGAGAUCUGAUUUUACCAAGCCCCGGCAGUAUGGCACUGCCCCAGGUGAAGACAGAAAAAGAAGAAGAUUUCAUUGAACUCUGCACCCCUGGAGUAAUUAAGCAGGAGAGACUGGGCCCGGUUUACUGUCAGGAAAGUUUUUCUGGGGCAAACAUAAUUGGUAAUAAAAUGUCUGCCAUUUCUGUGCACGGUGUGAGCACCUCUGGGGGACAGAUGUACCACUAUGACAUGAAUACAGCAUCCCUUUCUCAACAGCAGGAUCAGAAGCCUGUUUUUAAUGUCAUUCCACCAAUCCCUGUUGGUUCAGAAAAUUGGAAUAGGUGCCAAGGAUCUGGAGAUGACAACCUGACUUCCUUGGGAACUUUGAACUUCCCCGGGCGAUCGGUUUUUUCUAAUGGCUACUCAAGCCCGGGCAUGAGACCAGAUGUCAGCUCUCCUCCUGCAUCCAGCUCAGCAGCAUCAGGGCCACCUCCCAAACUCUGCCUUGUGUGCUCUGACGAAGCUUCAGGAUGUCACUAUGGGGUCUUGACCUGUGGGAGCUGCAAAGUCUUCUUCAAAAGAGCAGUGGAAGGACAGCACAAUUAUCUUUGUGCAGGAAGAAAUGAUUGUAUCAUUGAUAAAAUUCGAAGAAAAAACUGCCCUGCAUGCCGCUAUCGGAAAUGUCUUCAAGCUGGAAUGAACCUGGAAGCUCGGAAAACAAAGAAAAAGAUAAAAGGAAUUCAGCAGGCCACUACAGGGGUCUCACAGGAAACUUCUGAAAAUUCUGCUACCACGACAAUAGUUCCUGCAUCAUUACCACAACUCACCCCUACCCUGGUGUCAUUGCUGGAGGUCAUUGAGCCAGAGGUGCUGUAUGCAGGAUAUGAUUGCUCCAGCCCAGACUCCACUUGGCGGAUCAUGACCACACUCAACAUGUUAGGUGGGCGACAGGUGAUCGCAGCAGUGAAAUGGGCAAAGGCAAUACCAGGAUUCAGGAACUUACACCUGGAUGACCAAAUGACCCUACUGCAAUAUUCAUGGAUGUUCCUCAUGGCAUUUGCCCUGGGCUGGAGAUCAUAUAGACAAUCAAAUGCAAACAUGCUGUGUUUUGCUCCUGAUUUGAUUAUUAACGAGAACAGGAUGAAUCUACCUAGCAUGUAUGAACAAUGUAAACAUAUGCUAUAUGUUUCCUCUGAGUUACAAAGGCUUCAGGUAUCUUAUGAAGAAUAUCUCUGUAUGAAAACAUUACUGCUUCUCUCAUCAGUUCCUAAGGAAGGUUUGAAGAGCCAAGAGCUGUUUGAUGAGAUUAGAAUGACCUACAUCAAAGAGCUGGGGAAAGCCAUUGUCAAGAGGGAAGGGAACUCCAGUCAGAAUUGGCAGCGGUUCUACCAACUGACAAAACUCUUGGACUCCAUGCAUGAGGUAGUUGAAAAUCUCCUUCACUUUUGCUUCCAAACAUUUUUGGAUAAGACCAUGAGUAUUGAAUUCCCAGAGAUGUUAGCUGAAAUCAUCACCAAUCAGUUACCAAAAUAUUCAAGUGGAAAUAUCAAAAAACUUCUGUUUCAUCAAAAGUGA